ACAAGCGCCUUAAGCGGGAAGAGCAGCGGCGAAGCUCCGGUCACCGUCGCAGAAUGACUCACACAGUUUCUGCUGUUGGUGUCCUCCUUUUGUUCAGUCUUCUGCUGCCCUCAGCAGAGGGCACUAAGAGGAACCAUGGAUCACAAGGAACCAUCCCUUCUCCUGACAAAGCCCAACCCAAUGACUCUGAACAGACCCAGCAGCCGCCACCACCACAAGCAGGUUCCAGACCCCGGAGAAAGGAGAAGGCCAAAUCUACUGAAGAGGUGCUGGAAUCAAGCCAAGAGGCAUUGCAUGUCACAGAACGAAAGUAUCUGAAAAGGGAUUGGUGCAAAACGCAGCCGCUUAAGCAAACAAUCCAAGAAGAAGGCUGCAGAAGCCAAACCAUCAUUAAUAGGUUCUGUUAUGGCCAGUGCAAUUCAUUCUAUAUCCCAAGGCAUAUCCAUAGGGAAGAAGGGUCCUUCCAAUCGUGUUCAUUCUGCAAACCAAAGAGAUUUACCACCAUGGUGGUUACACUGUCCUGCCCGGAAAUGCAACCUCCAAUCAAGAAAAAGAGGAUCACACGAGUUAAAGAAUGCCGCUGUAUAUCCAUAGAGUUGGACUAGGAGGGGUCAUGGAGGAUAGUCUGCUCACCAGUGCAUUUCCUCCUUCAAACCAGGCAUCUAAACCUCUUUAGGUAUGUCCAGAAUGGGACAUGAAUCAAAGAGAAUUGCAACAAACAGUAUGCAUUAUUCAUCUGUAGAUGUGAACUUCAGCUUUGAAAAUAAAUCAUUUGGAGUGUAUCCUAGGCUUUGUAAUACACUAAUUCCUCCCGUCCUGGGAUUCUGCACUUGAAUCUGUGCCAUGAUCAUCAGUAGCAGCAACUGUCAUAGAUUUGGAGACAUUUUCACAUUCAGUUAUGGUCUGAGGAAAAUGUGGAAAGGAAUUAAGUUAAUUGCAGUGAGUGCCAUUGUUAAUGGAGAAGGAAGCUUGCAUGCUAUCACCUUUAUUUGGACAUUAAAUAGCCACUUCCUAGAGCUAAGAUGGAAAGACAAAUGGGGAAGGCAGAAGAAUGAACAAGGGAAAGAAAAGUGAUAUAUACAGCAUCUCCUUGAAUGUUAUUUCUGAUUGCAUUUCUCAAACCAACAGCUUCUUUCAAUACUGUAUAUACUCAUCU